CUCGAGCGAAUUCUGCGCCGCCGCUGUCAAGAUGUCCGUCCUGAUAAAACACGCCUUUACAGCGCUUCACUCUGACUCGUGCUCUCUGUGCGAUUCUCUGUAGCGAGCCUUCUGUUGACACGGGUCACGUGACCUCCACCUGUCAGAGACCGGACGCCCCAGCGAGACCAUGAGCUUCCUGCGCAACCGUGCGGUGGUGCUCGGCCUGGUGUUGCUCUUCACCGUGCUGCUGUACCUGCUGCUGCCGUCCUCCAUCAGGCAGAGCAACACCGAGCCGUCUCUGGCUGUGCAGAGGACACAGAGGCUCAUCUCGGCUUCUACGUCACCCAUCAACAUCACCGUCCGCACGGGACAGAUCCCCAGCGACCCGCCGCUGUUCUUCAGAGAGGCCCUGCCUGUGGACUCGUCCGGGAGACAGGUCCUACCCAGGCUGCAGGUGGUGCUGCUGCACGGUCAGGCCUUCACCUCCAGGACGUGGGAGGAGCUUGGUACGCUCAGUCUGCUCGCCGCUAACCGUUACCAGGCACUGGCUCUGGACCUGCCAGGUUUUGGGAAAUCUCCAGCUUCGGAGUCGGUGAAGUCGGAGCAGAGUCGUGUGGAUCUCUUGAAGCACUUCCUCGAGGCUCUGGGCGUUCGCGCUCCGGUCCUCAUCACCCCGUCUAUGAGCGGUCACUACGCUCUGCCCUUCCUGCAGCGGUUCAGCCAUCAGCUACGAGCCUUUGUCCCCAUCGCGCCAGUCGCCACCCGAACACUCACGCCACAGCAAUACCACGACAUCCAGACCCCGACUCUGAUUGUCGUCGGAGAGUUAGACACUAACCUGGGCUCUCAGUCUCUGAAGAACCUGCAGCACCUCCCUCAUCACUCGGUGGUGAAGCUGUCGGGAGCGCGACACGCCUGCUACAUGGACAAACCCCGAGAGUUCCACCAGGCGCUGCUGCACUUCCUCAACACACUCGACUAACACAGUUUAAAAGGGAAAAAAAAGACCAGGUCUUUUAAAACUAUUAGACAAAUCAUCUCAACUCUAGUGCCAUAUUAAUUAAAAACAAAACAAAAAGGUGUCCAAAUGCGUCCAAGUGUGUGUGAGUGUGAGAGAGGGACAAACUGUGAAAGGAACCGAAGAGAGGAGUUGAUGAAGAAGAAUAAAAGAGAAGUGGUGUAAAAACACGGCCAAUUUACCUGAAAGGUUUUCAUUUCUUUCCUUCUGAACAUCUGGUGCAGCUUCAGACCUCGAGAGGAACCAGAGACACUAUGUUUGUUUUUGUUGUUGUUUUGUUUUCCUUUGGUAUCAUGCUGCUCCUGUAGACCAUGCCCCUUUUCAGAUUUUUAAAUUUG